UGAAAAAUUGGUAGAUAUCUUUGUAAACAACAAUACCUCCAAGUGUAUGAUAUUCUCGCCAAAGUAUGAUAUUCACUUUGACAAACCAAACAGCAUAGGAUCAUUGUUUGGUUAUUCACCGAAAAAGCUUAAAGCAAAAUCAUCACAUUGGUCGGAUAAAACAAUAAACAUAAUCAUAACAAACACUAUAAGAAUAGAGUGCAAUAUUGUGGAGGGUUCAUUCGUAAACAACAAGCCGUCGCAUGUUUUACACGAGUUUUCACCCGACGUCCCGCCCGGCUAUCAAAUUAUUGAACAACCUACCAACAUUAUAUAUUUACCUGUCAAGAAGAGUAACAAUCGCAUACAAAACAUUGAGUUGCGCAUUGUAAACGAGCACGGUAAUACGGUGAAUUUUCGAGGUGAAAGCAUUGCACUUCGUUUGCAUAUUCGUAAAAAGUAAAAAAUAAAAAGAAAUGAUUAUUCAUAACAAUAAAAGCCUUGGUAACAACACUUCUACAAUUAGUCGAGAUCUUGCUCUCGUGGGGGCAAGUACUACUCGUCGUCGUCGUCGUAUUAACGAGAGACAGCAACGCCAGUCACUACAACAGCCAAAGAAAUUGACUAGAGAAAAUAGUGCAUUUUUACAGAGUAUCGGUUUCCAAGUAUGUCCUCGUCAUCUAUCUUAAACAUUGGUGAGAAGGUGUUAUUCGAUGAUAGUAUAGAAAGUAUAGAAUUUCACCCGUACACUCCGUAUAAUGACUCGUUCAAAAAUAACGACAACAUCCACAUAUGUAUCAACCGUCAAGAUUUAAUUCUACUACCGAGUCACAGUCAAAUAUUAGUGGAGGGCACAGUGGAGAAAGGAUGUCUACUGGUCAACAACGGUGCUGCAUUUUUAUUUCAAGACAUUCGUUAUGAAUUGAACGGUGUGGAGAUUGACCGCGCGAGAAACUGCGGUAUCACGUCCACCAUUAAGGGACUAGUCUCAUACACCAAGGAAAUGGACCAUAGUCUUCAGACGGCGGGGUGGGAAGUUGGUGCUAAAAAGAUUCAAGACAAGUUUACUGUGACUAUACCACUAUCUCAUUUCUUGGGUUUCGCCGAGGACUAUAAAAAGGUUAUAAUUAAUGGGAAACACGAGUUGAUAUUAAAUCGCGCCAGUACAGAUGUAAACUGUUUAGAUUUAGCACCCGUUGAUGCGGAGAAGGUACCGCAACCGCCAACACCAAAUGGUGAGAUUGAAAUCACCCGUGUCACAUGGAGGAUGCCAGUCAUAAAAGUAUCUGAUAAGGAGAAAUUGCGUCUAAUGUCGUAUGUUGAGAGGGGCAUACCGGUUCAGAUAGCGUUCCGCACCUGGGAACUGUACGAAUAUCCCAUACUGCCUGCCUCACAACGUCAUAUUUGGUGCAUCAAGACUAGCACUCAACUGGAGAAACCUCGCUAUCUCAUUGUUGGUUUCCAAACGGCACGUAGGAACGAGAAGAGCAAAGAUAUGAGUAUAUUCGACCAUUGUAAUCUUACCAAUUGCAGGGUGUAUUUGAACGCACAGUAUUAUCCAUACGAUCCCUUUUCGGCUGAAUUUAAAACAAACAACUAUGCGCUCUUAUACGACGCAUUUACCAAUUUCCAACGGUCGUACUACAACCGUCAUCAUACCAGCCCUCAAGUAAAUUACGCUCAUUACAAGACACAGUCUCCAUUAAUUGUCAUUGACACGUCAAGACAGUGUGACAGCUUCAACUCGGGAGCUGGUGCUAUUGAUAUUAAAUUGGAAAUGGAGUUUAAAGAGAAUGUGCCGGCUAACACCACGGCAUACUGUCUCAUCAUCAACGAUUCACUGUUUGAGUAUAACGCUCUCACCAGUACCACUCGUAAAAUUAUUCAGUAGACCAUUGACCGUCCUCACUUGUAAACGUGUCGUGGAGCCUUUAAAAUAAAAUAAAAAAUGAAUUAUUCAAACAUUUAUUCACCUUCUUACACACCGUCGAUUGAUUGUUCCGGCAGCGGUGAAGGUGUCGGUCGCUGUGAGCUGAGCAAGAGUGUCUACAAUCUCAAACGCUGUCCUGCUGGUGCAAGUGCUCUGAUUGAAAAUAUCCAUGUAUACUUGAAGUUGCAGUUUAUUGAGGCUAAAAUCAGACUAGAUGCCUGUGUCAAUUUUAAUGGGCGAUAUGAACUCACCAGUGAAGAAUGGAAUGCAAUGUUUGCGGAAAAAGUUGAAGUCAUCGGAAACUUCUUUCAUAACCCAAUGAGUGUUUCACCACAACUGAUACAGUGCAAUCGUCUUCAGAUGUGUAUCUCUCCGGUGCCGUUACUUUUACUCACCUGUGACGAUGAUGACGAACCUAUGACAAACUCACACCCCUUGGUGAUAAACCACAUGGAAUGGAGCCAUAUCGAACAUGUCGUGGAGUGUAUUAACGCACGUAUCGGAUACUUGAACAAAACAAAGUCUACCUACGAGAACCGUCUCAACUUUUUCAAGAAACAUUUCAAGAUAUAUCACCCCGUCAAUAUUCAACAGGCACGCAAUAUUAUAGGUAGUUUGUGCAAUGUAAACGAUAUUGUCGACUCUGAAAUCAAGUGUUAUGCCGCCGAUAUUUUGUGUAAUACCUAUAUUUUCCAUUGAAUCGGUUAAAUUUUGAUGAAAAAAUAAAAAAUAACUAAACUAAACCCAUCUUCUUUUAUU